UCCGAACGUUGCGUUUUCAAUCAAAAUUAAGUUGAAAAUACAAAUAGUCACUGAAAUUAUUGUGGAAGAUUGUGUUGAAAAAGAAUAAGAGAGAGAAAAGGAAUUUCAGGUUGUGUGUAAAAGUUAAGAAUUUUGAAGGGGAAAAGCAAGGAAUAAGCAGGAGUGGUGGGGAAGUUUGUUGCUAGAAGUUGGGGGUAAACGCGAGGAAGAUAGAGAGAAAACGAAAAAUCUGCGAAAAUUCCGCUUGUAGAAGAAGCAGUGAUUGUUAGGGAGUGAGAGCAAGACGUCAACGGAAAGCAGAUUAAGUGAAAGAACAGCACAUCAGCCAGUUGGUGGUCUAUACAUCAGUCAGUUAGUAGUCAUAAGGACAGAGAAGAGCGGACAAGACAAUUAGUAGUAGCCGGCUAUUGAGUGUGCAGUAAAGCAGAAAUAAAUAAAUAAAUAAAUAAGGAAAGUAAUAAUUGUACCACCAAUACAAAAAUGGCAGUCAACGUGUACUCCACAAAUGUGACUACCGAAAAUUUAUCCAGACAUGAUAUGCUCGCUUGGGUAAAUGAUUGCCUGCAAGCACAAUUUGGUAAAAUUGAAGAGCUCUGCACUGGUGCUGCUUAUUGCCAGUUCAUGGACAUGUUGUUCCCCGGCUCGGUGCCAAUGAAAAGAGUCAAGUUCCGUACAAAUUUGGAACACGAAUAUAUUCAGAAUUUUAAAAUCUUGCAAGCAUCUUUUAAAAAGAUGGCAGUUGAUAAGAUAAUACCAGUCGAUAAAUUGAUAAAAGGUCGUUUCCAAGAUAAUUUUGAAUUUUUGCAAUGGUUUAAAAAAUUCUUCGAUGCAAAUUAUGAUGGGCGCGAAUAUGAGCCGCUUAUAGCGCGUAGUGGUGUAAAACUGGGCAAUGGCAUUGGUGUUGGCGGCGGCGGCAGUAGUGGCCGAGGCAGUAGCAAUGAUUUACUCGAGAAACGACACAUACAGAUGCCAAAUCGAACGCACGCACUACCGGCUGCAACACAACGUACUACCGUUAGGCCGGAACGUGGUGGAGUUUCCAAAGUACCACCUCGCGCCGCAGCACCAGUCGUUACUAAGUCAGCUGCCGUGAAUAAUACUACCGGUGCAGUUAAAAAGUCCGGCGACGCAUCCAAUGCGGUGUCGAACCAACAAAUCGAGGAGUUGUCCAAUCAGGUCAUGGAUAUGCGUUUGAACUUGGAGGGUUUGGAGAAGGAGCGAGAUUUCUAUUUCUCAAAAUUGCGUGACAUAGAAAUACUCUGCCAAGAAGCAGCCGAAGGUGACCCGCAUCCUUUAAUACAAAAGAUUUUGGAUAUUAUGUAUGCGACCGAGGUAAAGCGCAACACUUCUGAUGGUUUUGCGCCUCCGGAUGAAAUUCCGCCCGAGGAUGAGGAGUAUUAAAAGCAACAACUCGCAAGGAGGAUUGAUUGAUUACAGAACUGCAAAUAAACAGAAACUGAGAAAAAAAAUGUUUAUAUUUCAAAAAAAUAAAAAAUCAAGAUUAAAAAAUACAAGAAUUUAAGCAUAAUAAACUAUGUUAAACAUGAUGGAUAAAUGUUGAAAA